AGCGCGGGGCCAGCUGGGCCCGCCGCAGCCGUUGGGGCUGCGGCAACAGCGGUCUUGGGACGCGAGUUCGCGGCUAGCCUGAGGUCGGUCGCCGCAGAGACGCAGCGGGCACCGCGACGCGCGGGCGGCGCACCGUGCGCGUGGGCGUGUCUCAGCGGGGCCGCGCUCCCCGCCCCACCCCGGCCCGGCCCGUCGCCCCCAGGCCCAGCUCCAGCGCCCAGGCCUCUGGGCCAGCCCCGUGCCCUCGGCGGGCUGCGCGGAGCGCAGGAGAGUUCGGGGCCGGGCAUAUGUCCGGAGCCCCUCGGGCAACCGCCGCCGCCGCUACUGCGUCCGCUGCCGGUGCGCGCCGCUGACGCGCGGAGAUGAAAUUCCCGGGCUCCGUGCUGGCGUCCGUGUUCCUGUUCGUGGCCGAGACGACGGCGGCGCUGUACCUGAGCAGCACCUAUCGCUCGGGCGGGGACGGCAUGUGGCAGGCGCUGACGCUGCUUUUCUCGUUGCUGCCCUGCGCACUCGUGCAGCUCACGCUCCUCUUCGUGCACCGCGACUUCAGCCGCGACCGCCCGCUGGUGCUGCUGCUGCACCUGCUGCAACUCGGGCCGCUCUUCAGGUGUUUUGAAGUCUUCUGCAUCUAUUGUCAAUCAAGCCACAUUGAAGAGCCUUAUGUCAGCAUCACCAAGAAGCGACAGAUGCCCAAAAAUGGCUUCUCAGAAGAAAUCGAGAAAGAAGUGGGCCAGGCAGAGGGCAAGCUCUUCACCCACCGAUCUGCAUUCAGCCGAGCAUCAGUGAUCCAGGCUUUCCUGGGCUCUGCUCCCCAGCUGACUCUGCAGCUCUAUAUAAGUACCCUGCAGCAGCACAUAACUAUUGGAAGAUGUUUCUUCAUGGUCCUAUCCCUGUUGUCCAUUGUGUAUGGAGCCUUGCGCUGCAACAUCCUGGCCAUCAAGAUCAAGUAUGAUGAAUACGAUGUCAAAGUGAAGCCUCUGGCCUAUGUCUGUAUCUUCCUCUGGAGGAGCUUUGAGAUUGCCACUCGAGUCAUUGUCCUGGUCCUCUUUACCUCCGUCCUGAAGGCCUGGGUGGUGAUGGUUGUACUCAUCAACUUCUUCAGCUUCUUCUUGUACCCCUGGAUCCUCUUCUGGUGCAGUGGCUCCCCAUUCCCCGAGAACAUCGAGAAGGCCCUCAGUCGGGUGGGCACCACCAUCGUACUGUGCUUUCUCACCUUACUGUAUGCCGGUAUCAAUAUGUUCUGCUGGUCAGCUGUGCAGCUGAAAAUCAACAACCCGGACCUCAUCAGCAAGUCCCAGAACUGGUACCGGCUACUGGUGUACUACAUGCUGAGAUUCAUUGAGAAUGCCUUCCUCCUCCUCAUGUGGUAUCUUUACAAGACCGACAUCUACAUGUACGUGUGCGCACCUCUGUUGAUUCUGCAGUUGCUCAUUGGGUACUGCACAGCCAUCCUCUUCAUGCUUGUGUUCUAUCAGUUCUUCCACCCUUGCAAAAAGCUCUUUUCCUCCAGUGUCUCUGAAAGCUUUCAGGAGUGGGUAAAGUGUGUUUGCUGUGACUGUAGGCAGAAGAAAGCCCAUGAGUCCGUAGGAAAAACAGAUCUGAGGCCAACCGAAGACAGAGAUGAGACACCUUCUAGCAGUAAAAUAAGUUCUGUGCCCAGCCAGAUCUUGAAUGCUGACGAGCUCUGCUCUGCCUAACAGGACCUGAGUCUCUUGGGGUUCACACAUACUGUUUUCUGGGUUGAUCCCUGUUCUUCAUACAAGUCAUGAGCCCUGCGCAGUUAACAAAGAGGGGGGUUAGCUCUCAACUCCUUGCAGGCUGCUCCCCUUUAGAGAGCUCUUGGACAUGUGGGAACUAUGGAGAGAAUCCAGGGAAACCCCUGAGUGUUGGAGAGGCAGCCUAAGGUAGCACCAUUGGUAGUUGACCUUGUUCCCCCAGGCAUUACUGGCCUCUUGGCUGAGUUGGGAUGGCUAGCUCUGUCAGGUAGAAUGAGGAUAGGAGCUUUCUUGUUUUCUAGGUUUUGUUUUGAGCUGCUGGUGUAGGUGGCCUGUUCCAUUGCCUCCGAGCAUAGCUUUCACCCAUGAGCUGUCCUCAUGACCAGAAGGUUUUGUCAUCAGCAAUAUCAUACUUGUCCGAGUUUUCAGAGAGGGCUCUUCAGGUUUGCUUUUUGAAUGGACAGAGGUUCCAUUUUUAUCUCAUUAGGGCUCUUUGUACAUAACCAGCUGUAGCCACCUUGGCGUGCUAUCUCUAAUUGAUUCAAAAGUCUAGAUUUGGAGACUAUUCCCAAGGAUCCAUGGAUGCAAAGAAUUUGCGUGGAAACCCUAGAAUUUUAGGAAAGUUUCAUUCUUUCGAAGUGCUGAAGAAAUUCUGGAUUAAGAGGGUUGCUAAAACAUCAAAAUGAUUGAGGCUUUUAUAAGCAGAAAUCUUACUUUCUCAGGAUGGUUGAAGAUAAAUAAUCCUGCUGGAAGAUAGGUUUAAACCUCUUCAAGGUUCAGUCCUGUCCUAACAAUUCUGGGAAAUUUCUAGUAGAAUUUGCUAGGAUUUGCCUUCUUAAUGAAGAAGAAAAUAAAAUUCACACUCUUCUCUUUCCCCUCUUCCUUGCCUGUCAGACGAAUUUUAGACAAGAGUUACAGUGGCUGACUUAAAUUUUUCUAGAGAACUCCACAGAAAUCUUUCACCAAGUGCAGCUGUGUAGGGCACUUUAGUUUUCAUUAUUUGAAGGAAAAGGGUCUCCUCUCCCAAAGUUAGAUAUUGGCUUCACAAGUUUUUAAAUUAUAGGAAGAGAUGAAAUGACCAGAAGAUCUUUGUCUUUACCUUAAUGUAUCUUGAUUUGGCAUGAUUCUGAGUUAUUUGAAUGACAUCUCCAAUUGUACGCUCCUAUACUCUCCUGUCUCAGGUAUAAUUUCUCCUUUAAUCUGGAACCGUAUUUGUUCCAUAAAAGGAUAGUGUAGGCAUAUCCUCAGUUGUCUUGGGGAAAUGCCUGGAUCUAGUGCCAUUAUCUUUACCGUAAAAACCUUGAUGAUGAACUAUCUGGAAACAGGUGACCUGUCACUGACUAGGCUGGACAUAGCAGGUCAGUCAGGGUUGAUGGGUCUAAGGACCCCUGAUGGCUGAACUUGCUGACCCAUCCAGUUUCUAAUAGGCAGUCUGUCAGGAGACAGGUUACAAAUGGUGAGUUUGAGCAGGAAUUAUGAUCAGAAUGAGACAGGGAUAGGAAGGUAGAUUCUUCCAACCUUGGUUUGGAAGCCUGUCUCAAGAACUGUUACAAAUCUGAGCCUUCGAAUGCAUUUUCAAUCAUUUUAAUGUAGAAGAUAGCUAAGCAUCGUGAAUGACCCCAAACCAAACUAAUAGUGAUGGUCUGUCAGACUCCUAUAACCCAAUUACAAGCCACAUUUAUAAGGACAAAGAGGUUUGGUAACGAAAUCAGACAUUUUGUCAUCUUUAACCCUUGAUAUACAGAUAUUCCUGCUUUGGGGCAUGUAUGUCCAUUCACUUUGGGGGAGAGAAAGCACUGGUUUUUUUUUUGUUUUUUUU